AUGAGUAGACAGUGUCAUGCCGAUCACGAAGUACGUACCCAGAAGAAACUCAAGUCUAACCCGAAAGGAUUUUGGAAGUACAUCAACGAGCAGCGGAAAGAAAUCGGUUUACCGUCAUCUAUGUUCCUAGGAGACGAAACAGCAUCGAAUACGGAGGAGAUCUGCCAGCUGUUCGCCGAGAAAUUUUCGAGCGUGUUUACGCUAGAGGACCUGCAACCAGAACAAGUCACCGCCGCCGCCAGCAACGUCCCAACAAACGGUCUGGGUCUGAACAGCAUUAGAAUCGAUCGCUCCAAGAUUCUGGAAGCCGUAGCCAAGCUCAAGAUAUCCAACACGACAGGCCCGGACGGAGUUCCAUCGAUUGUCCUGAAAAAAUGCAUCGACGGGCUCCUGGAGCCUCUCUAUCUAUAA